CGCACGGAGAGGAGGUGCGGGUUUGCCACGUCGGUGUCUGUGCAACGCAUUUACACUGUUGCUUCUGAAGCCCGGGGGCUAACUUUUCAAGCCAUUUUUAUGUGUCCACCCGGGGAGGAAGCGACCCCCCAGCAUCGCCGGUGCCGUCGUAGCUCGUCGCCACAGCAGUGCAGCCGCGGAUAUUGAAGCUGGACGGCGGAGAAAUGCUCGGUGCUGUCUGGACUCGUAGCCACACAACUGACUGAUGCAUCCUCGCUCACUUCACCCCCCCGUGUGUCGUUGGCCUGGCUGUACAUGGUGGCUCAUUGAGGAGAAGGGGAGGAGUCCCGGCAGCUGUUGGUUGGUGGGCGGUGUCCGUGGUUGCCACCGUAACUGGCGACCAUGCCAGGAGGUCGCAGGGGGCCCAGCAGACAGCAGCUAAGUCGCUCUGCUCUGCCGUCCCUGCAGACUCUGGUUGGAGGCAACCUCGGCAAUGGUACAGGCCUCAGGAACAGGAGCAGUAACUCGGUGGGUCUGUCUGCGCCCCCUCUCUCGGCCCUCAUCACCCCGGAGCCGGUCCGCCACUCGAGAAUCCCCGAGCUGCCGUUGGACAGCAGCCUGUUGUUUGAGUUCCUGCUCUUUCUCUAUUUGCUGGUGGCCUUGUUUGUCCAGUACAUAAACAUCUACAGGACAGUGUGGUGGUAUCCGUACAGUCAUCCUGCUGCCUCUACCUCUCUUAACUUUCAUCUAAUGGACUACCACCUGGCGAUCUUCAUCACAGUCAUGUUGGCUAGGAGGCUUGUUUGGACAAUAGUUUCAGAGGUGUCUCAGAGCAGCGGCGGAUCUCUGCUCCGUUAUGUGGUUCUGAUCGCAGCUCGGCUCAGCCUGCUGACCAUGUGUGGCUGGGUGCUCUGCUGGACGCUGGUCAACCUCUGCAAGAACCACUCUGUGCUCAACCUCCUCUUCCUGGGAUACCCAUUUGGCGUGUAUGUCCCGCUUUGCUGUUUCCAUCAGGAGGGAGGGAAAAGCCAAACGGCACCAGCCGACUGCGAUUACCCCGCCGACCACCAGCAGACUGACCUCGCAGAAACCCCGUUCUUUCGGCCACGUGACUUCCUCUUCCUGUUGCGAGAGAACCUCAGAGAGCAGUUUUCCAGCCCUCCGCACAUGCCCACGCACACCUGCCCACCACACACACACUCACACACACCGGAGUUGAUUCGAACAGAGGUGGAGGAGCUGAAGAGUGACUUCAACCGGCGCAUAAAAGAAGUGCUGUUCAACUCGCUGUUCAGUGCUUACUACGUAGCCUUCCUGCCGCUCUGCUUCGUUAAGAGCACCCAGUACUAUGACAUGCGCUGGUCAUGUGAACACCUGAUUAUGGUGUGGAUCAAUGCGUUUGUCAUGCUGAUGAGUCAGCUGCUGCCCCCCAGCUACUGUGACCUGCUUCAUCGCUCGGCAGCUCACCUGGGCCGCUGGCAAAAACUGGAGCACGGCUCGUACAGCAACGCACCUCAGCAUGUGUGGUCAGAAAGUACCAUUUGGCCUCAGGGGGUGUUGGUACGACACAGUCGUUCUCUGUAUAAGGCAGUCGGACCCUAUAAUGUCGCUCUGCCCUCUGAUGUUUCCCAUGCAAGGUUUUAUUUCCUGUUCCACAAGCCAUUGCGGAUCCUGAACCUGCUGAUCUGGAUCGAGUCCAGCGUGGUUUUGUACCAGUUAUACUCUCUGCUGCGCUCCGAGCGCUGGAACCACACUUUGUCUCUGGGCCUUAUUCUCUUCUGCAACUACUAUGUCCUUUUUAAACUGCUGCGAGAUCGCAUUGUGCUUGGCAAAGCCUACUCCUACCCCCUGUCCUCCAACAGUCUGGGGCUCAAGUCGCAGUAAAGGCUCGGCACAGCGAGACUUCACCUAUGAACUCUGGACGUGGAGGCGAGCCGGGUGGAGGUCUGGUAAAGUGGAGGACCGGAGAGGUUGAUCAGAGCGUUCACGCCUGGAGGCUAAGGGACAGACUGUGAACUCAUAAUGGUGUUUUGAUACGGUUCUAUUUUUAAUGCAAUGUUUAUAUAUACCUAUUUAAAAGAAUAUUUUUAUUUUGUAUACUAUUUCGAGUUACGCCGGGCAUUACCACGCUGACGACAUUAGCAUGUUGUGUUAUGUUGUUGCUAGGCGACAAGGAAGUCAGGGAAUGCCAGGAGGUGACUUUCACCAAAGAUAUUUUAAGUGCAGUUGGCCAAUCACAGAGCGGAGUUGGCCUCUGGCAGUCGGUUAAACCAGACGUGCGAUUCAGAGCAGUGGAAGGAGUUGUGCCUGAGAUGCUGAUUGGACCGUUCCGCUUCAACCCAGAGGCCCUUAAAGUGAAAAUCAAGAAUCAGUAAAACUAAUGCAGCUCUUUUGAGUAGCAGGGUGCAAACACAGUCACUGCCCUAAACUAUCUUCAGCGUGUUUUCAACUGUAAUUUUUUUUUUUUUUUUUUUUU